ACCAGUUUCGAAUUAACUUUCAUCUGAAGCUGACGUCUCGCAUUUGCCACACUAUUAUUCAUAGUCUGUUGGCUUUGCCUUGGUGAUGUACAUAGAUCAAGUUGCGAUUGCGUGAAUUUUAUUCGAAUUGUACGAGUAUAAGCAACUUAAAAAAAAAAAAACCCUUUUCCUAUAUCGCGACUUAAAAACGAAUACGAAUACGCACCUGGAGUUGUCAUUCACACAACUAAACACAUAUCCCGAAGGAUGAGUUUCCGCAUCCCAAUAACCCUGUUUUAUUCACUCAACCAUGACAAGAGUUAGUGUAAGAAGCUCAACAUAAAAAUAAAAACAUAUUCGCUUUCUUCGAUUUAUCGUAACUACAUACUACGCGAGUAUAGCUCUAUCGGUCUUGUGAAACUAUAGCGAGGUCAGCAACAUAUUUAAAUUACAUUUGCAAAGAGAAAGGAUCGUUAUUUAUGUUGUUGUUUAAUAUUUUCAUAUAAUAUUGAUUGAAUUGUUGAAAAUUUAUUUGCGUUGGAGUGUUUCCAACAUUUAAAAUCGAUUAUCGCUAUUUUUCCAAAUGGGAAACACUUUAAUCUGGAGCUAAACAAAAGAGCUGAGUACCGAACUUGCUUUUGUUGUCUGUGGUCAUUUCGGUUUAUUUUUUUUUGUUUGUUUGUGUUUUCGGACCCUUUGUGGGUGUUUUGGCUAUUGUUGGCAGUUGGCAGUGUUUUAAUGUGUGUGUGUGUUUGUAUAAAUUAAAAUAAAUUAAGUGAAAAAUAUCUUAAACGAAGAAAUUUAUCCAUUUUGGUUCGCGGGUAAUAGUGUGGUCAAUUAAUUUCCCUCGUUCGUGAAUUUCAAGUUUCGUUUUGCGUGUAAACAAGCCACGACCAACGACUUGGACGACGACGACCCAACAGCCGUUGUUUAUUCAAUUUGGCAGUGAAAAUGCAAAAAACCGCUUAAGUUAAAUUAUUGCAAAAUAAUUAUUUUGAGAAAAUUCCAAAAAAAAACUCUUCUUUCGCGUUCAUAGUUCAACAGCUUUAUUGCAGUUGUAGUGUUCAGCUUUUGCUCGCGGUAUUGGAAUUAAACAGAAAUGAUGCCGAGUCAUCAGGCAGCCUUAUCUAAAUUGGAUACAAUAAGCUGCAAAAUACCAAGUGAAGAAAUCUACAGACAAUCUUCGAAUGGAUCUUCAAAAAUAUCUUCAAAUUGUUGGAAUAAAACACAGAAUAAUAAGGCCAACAACAAAACAAUACUGCCUGAAAAAUUGUUCCGCAUAAAUAUUAUGUUGCAUGCUUUGUUGAUAACAAUUGUAUUAUUAUCAUUGACACCACAUGUCAUUUGCCAAGUUUGUGGACCGCCAGCUGUUCCAUUAAAUGCGAAAGUCCAAACAGUGUCCGGUGAGAGUGGUGGUAUAUUAGAAGCAACUUAUGAAUGCGAUUCAGGUUAUGAGUUGUUUGGACCGCGACUCAUAAAAUGUGACCCGAAAUCUGGUUGGGAGAAGGAACUACCUUUUUGCGGAACAAAUGUUGCCUAUAGAAAACCUGUCAAUCAAAGUUCCUACACAAGAGCUGGUCCAGCUAGUUUUGCAAAUGACGGUAACCAAGGAAAUCAGAAUCCAGAUGGACAAGAAUGUUCUGAAACACAAAAAGAGCCAUCUCCAUGGUGGCGAGUAGAUCUGCUAACACCACAAGCAGUUCGUGUGGUUCGAAUAACUACCCGAGGUUGUUGUGGCCAUCAACCGUUACAGGAUUUGGAAAUACGAGUGGGUAACAGUAGUGCCGAUUUACAAAGGAAUCCCCUCUGUGCCUGGUAUCCGGGUACCUUGGAUGAGGGUAUAACAAAAACAUUUACAUGCGCACGUCAACUUGUCGGUCAAUAUGUCGCCAUUCAAUUGGUGGGCGUUGAAGGUAGCUUAAGCUUGUGCGAAGUCGAAGUAUUCACCAAUGAAGAAUUCUCCGUCGAUCGAUGUGUCAGCCCGAAUUUGAGUGUGGACACAGUUUUAUCGACUUUUGCAAAAACCUGUUAUGAGUUCCACGUCACUCGUGGCGAAAGUUUUGAAAAAGCUCGACAAAUGUGCAAAUCAACUGGUGGAGAUCUUGUGCAUGAAUUUCGUGGUCCAGCAAGUGAUUAUAUUCUCACAGAAUUGGAACGAAGAAAAUCCGAACUUAAAACUCAACUUGUUUGGAUUGGAGCCCAAAAAGAACCCGGUAUUACUUCUCGAACAUGGAAAUGGGUGAAUGAUGAAGUUGUGCUUAAACCUGCCUGGGGAAAGGACCAACCAAACAACUACAAUGGCGAACAAAAUUGUGUUGUCCUCGAUGGUGGAAGAAAUUGGCUAUGGAAUGACGUUGGAUGCAAUCUCGACUAUUUGCAUUUUAUUUGUCAACAUGCUCCCUUAUCAUGUGGUUCCCCAGAUUCGUUACAAAACACAACUGUUGUUGGUAAAAAUCAUACUGUAGGAGGCAUAAUUCAAUAUAACUGUCCAAAAGGCCAUGCUCUAGUCGGAGAAGAAACACGAAAUUGUCUCAAUGAUGGAACUUGGAGCGGAAAAGCUCCAACCUGCAAAUAUGUUGACUGUGGUCCUCUGGACAAACUCGAACAUGGAUCAAUUCUGUUAUCGGAGAAUCAAACCUAUUUUGGUGUUCAAGCCACAUAUAGCUGCCAUGAAAACUAUACCCUAAUUGGUCAUGAAAAUAGAACUUGUAGCCUCAAUGGCUGGACGGGAAAGAAACCAGAAUGUUUAGUCGACUGGUGUCCAGAACCACCACAAAUUCCUGGUGGUGUUGUAAAGGUUAGUGAUAAGAGAGCUGGCACUACUGCCACAUAUCAAUGUGAAACUGGAUAUGUUUUAGUUGGAGAACCAGUUAUUUCAUGCGGCCUUGGUGGUGAAUGGUCAAGCAAACCACCAUCUUGCAGAUUUGUAGAUUGUGGAGCUCCAGCCCGACCUGAUCGUGGAACAGCUCAUUUGGUCAAUUCUUCAACAACUGUUGGAACAAUGGUGAAAUACGAAUGUGAUGAUGACUAUUGGUUAGUUGGGCCAACCGACUUGAUUUGCACCAAAGAAGGAAAAUGGUCAGGAGAUGCUCCUGUUUGUGAAUUGGUAACUUGUGAUACUCCCAAUGUACCAGCUGGGUCAUAUGUUGUGGGAUAUGAUUAUAAUGUUCGGUCAACAAUCGAAUACCACUGUGAUCCUGGACAUGUGUUGAGAGGAAACUCCGUUUUGGAAUGUCUCGAAAAUGGUGAAUGGAACUCUGAGUCACCUUUCUGUGAAUAUAUCGAUUGUGGAGCAAUCACACCUCUUCCUUAUGGCAGCCACAAAUAUGUCCAAAACACAACUUACGUCGGGUCAGAAGUGGUGUUUAGUUGCUCCCCUUCGCAUAAACUUACAGGUGUACCAAAACGAACAUGUUUAGAGAGUGGCGUUUGGAGUGAUUCAACUCCCAAAUGUGAAGAAAUUCGUUGCUCUGAACCAGUGUUAGCUCCUCACAGUCUUCUCUCCGUGACUGGCAAUGAUCGGAUGUAUGGAAGAACUCUUAUUCGUACAGCUGAUUCAACUGCUAAUAGUGCCCAAACUUACAGGAUUGGAGCUCUUGCCAAAUAUCGAUGCGAACGAGGUUACAAAAUUAUCGGCGAAGCUUUGGUCACUUGUGAAGAUACUGGUCAAUGGAGUGGACACGUUCCGGAAUGUGUUUAUGUUGAAUGUGGACAACCCCUUAACAUAACUCAUGGAAAAGUCACUUUAGCUACCAAUGUCACUUACUAUGGAGCUGCAGUCUUAUAUGAAUGUGAUCACAACUUCAAGCUGGAAGGAGUUUCAAGACGUUUGUGUACUGAAGAUGGAACAUGGAGUCAUGAGACACCAAGUUGUAAUGAAAUCACUUGUGAUGAACCGGAUAUAAGCGAAAAUCUGAUUGUUGAUGCUGGAGUACGUGCAGUUGGUUCAGCAGCUUAUUUCAAGUGUCCUAAGGGACGAUAUAUGAUUGGCAAUGAUACUCGCAUUUGUCUUAAGAAUGGAAAAUGGACUGGAAAGUCACCGGUAUGCAAACCGGUCGAUUGUGGUCGGCCACUUCCAAUCGAGAAUGGUCGAGUGAUAGUUGUUAAUGAAUCCACAAUCUAUGGUGGAUCAGCUGAGUACCAUUGUAUUCCGAGCUUCAAUCGAAUUGGACAAUAUCUCAGGAAAUGUAUGGAAGAUGGCAAGUGGAGUGGUGAUGAACCACGAUGUGAAAUUGCCACAACCGAUACUCAAGAAAGUUCCGGUGUUGGAACUGGAAUUGCGAUUGGAGCGACAAUUAUCAUUGUUUUACUUGUUAUCAUUGGCUUGAUAUUUUUGCAUAGAAACAAAGCAAGGCCUGUUAAAAAUACAGAAAAUAUUCAAGCAGCUGAGUCUAAGGAAGACCGAAAUGCUGCAGUGAUGUCAUAUUCUACAUUGGAGGCUAACAAUAGAAUGCCUUUGGAUACAUCACCACCAGCGACGUUCAAUACGUUCCAUGGUGGAAGAGCCAAUGGAAAUGGCACUAAUCGAUCAACUGAAAAUAUUUAUGAUCAAAUUCCAAGUGAGCAAUUUUAUGAUGCUCCUUAUGAGAUGCGAACAAACGAAGAAGUAUACGAACCUGAACCUACAGCGAACAAUGUUAUAACAAUAAAUGGUAUUUCGGUUCGAUGAAAUCAAUACUAAACUAAUUAUGUUGUAACUUAAAUAAACAAUUAAUUUAGUUUAAAACUAUUUAAGAAAAAAAGAAUAUAAAAACAAAUGUAACAGACUCUAAGUUUGUGGCAGUGUGUGUUAUAAAUUGUUUGACUGAGCCAAAUUUGUUUUUAAGGAUUUUGUGACCAUAAAGUUAUCUUAAACUAAAAAUACAAUAUUGAAGAAUUGAAAAGUUUUGUAUAGAGCCAGGGGCUUAUCUUAAAAAAAAGAAAAACAUAAAAAAACGAAAGCAUAAAAAUAAGUUUUCGUAAAAAAAUCGACUAAACAUUUAAUUUAAUCUAAUUAAUAUAUUUUUAAUGUAAAUUAUGUAAAUAUAAUGAAGUGUGAUGAUUUUAUUUAAUAUAAUAUAAUUAUGAUAAUAAUAUGCCUAAAUUAUAUAACAUCUAACUACUCUAUGUUAUUAUAUUAUUUCUUUUUCGUUUAUUUUUUUUGUUGUUUGUUUUAAAAUUUAAAAUCGUAUACUUUUAUGUAUUGAUUUGUAAGUUUAUGUAUUUAUAUUAUUAAAAUAAGAAACACAAGAAAAAUGUUAACAAAAAACAUAUAAGUCAAAUUGAAAACUAUUUUUGUAUGAUGGGAAUUUAUUAAAUAAGCAAAAUGAAAAUAUAAAAUAAAAGAAAAAUUGAAUAUAAUAAUAAA